AUGUAUGAUCAGGAAGGAUGGAGUUGCUUUCUCGGAAAGUGUGAUUUCCGUGAAAGCCACUUCCCGCCAUCUUGUAAUUUCACCAGAAAACCUGGGUACGAGAGCACACUGGCGAAGCAGUGGAUGGUGGGAUAUCUUCUUCCAAUUCGUGGAAAGCGCUCAACAGGCAAAAUGUCGAUGCUUUCGGCCGCCGCGUUGUUAGAUGAAUUAAUGGGGGUCGAUAGAGAUCGAGCCCCCAAUGAGAAAAAGACUGCCCUACAUUGGUCUGAUCCUCAGGUAAUUUUUGGUUACUUUUAUAGUAGUUUAUUGUUGGUUAUCUGUCUAGUUCGGUUCGUCGAUAAAACUAACGCUGAUAGCAAGCUUGUUUCUUUUACUUUUCAGGUUUGCAAAUACUUCCUUUGUGGAUUUUGUCCUUCCCAGCUCUUCGUGAAUACUAGAUCUGACUUGGGUUAGUACAAAACCGUAUCUAAUUUUUUUGUAAAAAUCGAAUUGACUAACUUAAACUUGCAAACCGGGAUAAACCGGCCGCAUGGUCUUGAGUCAGUGUUUUAAUUACGAAGCAAUGAGAGAGUCCGCGAUCAAUUGAAUAGCAUUAGAGACAAUUAAACAAUUCACCGGAAAUUUCCACUGGCAUUUUAAACUCAGUAAGGGUUGUAUAUUGAACUAUAUUGAUUUUCUUUUACUUUUGUCUUUAUUUUAAUCUGUUACUUAAUGUGAAACGUAGAACAAGUGAAAGUUUGAAAACGAAAGAUGUGCGUUAUAUAAUCGGAGGUGUGAGGAUGAUGUGAAUCAUCACGAGUGAAAAAUGUUAGAAAUUUUUAGUAAGCUGAUGUUCAAAACCCGUGGGUUUUGCUUCAAGUCAAAGUAGCGUUUGGUGUAAAACUAACCUUUGUUCGGAAAGGGUCAUGACAACGUCAAAACUGUACCCUGCAAGAACAAUUUUUGUGUGAGAAUGACGCAAUCAACUCCCAGCAAUGAAAUUGCUUUUGAUCAAUGUUUCAUUCUAAUUACCGAAAUUAGUAAUUAUUCAUUCUGCAAUUUCAACCUAACGUUGGUGAACAAAGAGCUGAAGUGCACUGUAACCUACAUAUGUUACUGGAACCUUUCAAGUCUCAAAUAAAAGAUCAAAGACUCCAAUUGUAUCUUUUGUUGACAAAAAAGGAUUUUACACACAAUUAUAAUUUACCUUGUAUCUCUAGAAAGCCUUAUGCAAAAGACUAAACAUAACUUGCUGUUAAUUUUUUUCUUAGGCCCUUGUGAAAAGGCACAUGAUGAUCGGUUGAGAAAAGAGUAAGUAUUGGCAACACAUACUUUUCGGUUAAUGUUUAGUGUAUCGUUCCGUAAAAUCGUGGGAGUAGGGGAAUUGCUGAUAAUUAACAACUAUUCACCAAAGUGGAGAUGGCUAGUGGAGGAUAUGUACAAGGUGGCAAAGUUGUGAAAUAAAUAUCGUGAAGUAAACAGUGAAAUAAUAUUAAUGAUCUUAAUUCAUUUAUUCCUGUAAUGAUAACAGUAUUUUUGGAUGAAUAGUAAAGGAUCUUUGGAUUUAGAGUGCUCAGUCAGAGUGCACCUUCAAUGCUGUCGACUGUUUUAGUGUGUACUGAAGUAGGAUAAUAAUACUAGUGGGCACCAUCAUACCAAAACCCAUAAAGUUUUAGAGCUAAAAUAUUUGAAAGUGAAGGAAAAUUGGCUUUUUUGAUACUAAUUAGGAGCUUUGAUGUUUUGGUAAGAAUGUUCCUAAGUAGGUUUUUGGAUGAGAUUCUACUUGUUCUGUUCAAAAUUUCUGUAAAAUGUGAUUGCUUCUCAGGGCAGAGCUUCCUUACAGACAUAAAGUAAUGCAGAAUGUAUAGUUUCAUCAAAAUUUUUUCUUUUUUUUUCCUGUGUAGCCCUAGUACUUAUACUUGUGUGCUGUUUGGGUUAAUUUGAUAAAUUCUUGAUGUUAUUCCCUUGAGUUGUUUUUGAAUGUUCUUAAAUGGUAUACUUUCAGAGAAACUUUAACUUCUACAAUUUAUGUCUUUUUUAAAACACAUUUAGGUAUCAAGAAAGUGGUCGUUUCAAAAAAAUGAGGUAUGAAGAGGAAUUUCUGAGGUAUCUUCAAAACAUUAUGGCAGAUGUGGACAGACGGAUCAGGCGAGGACAUACCAGAUUGAACCUCAGUCGUGCACAGGAAGAGAAGGUGAAAAUAUGUGUAUUAUAAUUAUAACACAUCAAAUCAUUUGAUCUAAGAUUUGUGAUACUGUUAACUGCUGUUUUGAAUCUUAGGAAAAUUACCUUCUCUAACUCAAAUCACUGCUAGCAAAAAAAAAAAUUUUUCCCCCAGAUGUUUGUCAUGUUUUGCAAAAUUUUAAAUGACAGUUUCCAUAGUUUUUUUGAAAAUUCCUAACUUGACUUUUUGAUUAGACCAAUUUAUUUUGCAGUUGUCAAUUAAGCAACAAAUUUGAAGUUAUGUUGUGGAUCUCAUGUGCAGUAAAGUUUGAAAAUUAGUCUCAUACCUUUCAAAGUCGAAGGUGGUUAACCAUUAUUGUCUCAUUUCAUAUAUUUCUUUAGUUAUUUUAGAAUCUGUUGAAUUUGAUGACAGUGCUGCAUCUGGUAAUCGAUGAUUUAGGCAGACUUAGUUCAGCAGUUUAUUUUAUUUGUUUUAUUUUAAUCUGUUCUAAUUUUAUUGUACUUUUUUUUAUAAAUAAUGGUCUUUUAUUUUUACAUUACUCUUUUGACUUGCAUACAAUUUUUUUGGUUGAAUGGCUGUGGUUUUUUUUUCGGCAUGCACUCUUAUGUACCAGCUACCUCUUGUUUGGCUCUGUUAAGAAUCAUAUGACCUCCCAAUGGGACAGAAAGUGUUAGAUACUGUGUUUCUGUCACAGGAAUUGGCAAGUGGCAAGCCAGACAGUGAAAAAAUCAAAAUGCUUACUGAGAAGAUUAAUGCUUUGUUAGAGCAGGUGAGACAACAUGUAUACAUCUUUGAAGACUCUGGUACUCUUGGCUUACUUGCUGUGGUCACAUUUUUUAAUAAUUCAAAGUUUAAAGAAAGUUAUAUUUUUGUAUCAGGUUGUAUAGGUGUUUGUUCACAUUUUUUUAAUAAUACAAAGUGUAAAGAAUGUUAUAUUUUUAUAUCAGGUUGUAUAGGUGUUUGUUUUACUCCUGUCAUUCCCAAGGAAAUAGUGUAUUUAGGUUAUCUAACUCUCCUGUCGGAUUUUAGUCUUUUACUGAUGAUAAAAAUGGUCAAUGCAUCAACCAGAGUUAGUUUGUUUUGACAUUGUUUAAUUUUUGCUUGAAGUCCUCUAAGCUUGUUUUUUGCCUAUCUUGUCAAAUGUUGUGGCAUGGUUUUGAAGAAAGAGGGAAGCAGAAUAAAUAUUAAAAGUUACAAAGUAUUUGCAUGUACAGCUCUUUUUGGCCCUGAUUUUAUCUUCCUGCUAAUCAGAUUGCAAUCUCUUUGAAUUGUUUCUUGUCAAUUCAAUGUGUGUAGGUUGAACAAUUAGGGUGUGAAGGAAAGGUGGAAGAAGCACAAGGUGUUAUGAAAUUGUGUGACCAGCUAAAGAAUGAGCGUGAGGCUCUCCAAAUGGUAAGAUACAAAUAUUUUAAAUGUUAUGCUGUAAAUGGUUUGAGCCUAGGUGUAACAUUUGAUCUUUUAAUAAAUGUGAGUAGUCCUCUGUAGGUUUGUUAUCAGCAGUGGUGACUGAUGUUUUGAUAACCAAAGCUGUCCUGACCUAUCCUGAAGUCAUUAUAAGAGUCAAAUGACACUGACUGAUAACAGUUCUUUUCAAGCCAACCAUUAUGUAGAUAAUCAGACUACUAAAUCAAUUGGAUAUUUAAGAAACCAAAGAAACUGUAAUGGGUUGAAAAUGUACUUGGAGCAGAUUUAACCCUUGAACUCCCGUGAGUGACCAAGACAGAAUUUCUUCUUACAAUAUUAAUACAAUAUCAACCAGAUAAGUGAUGAGAAUAAAGAAAAAUAUCAAUUUGGGAAUAAUUAGUUGAUCCAAUACUAAAUUCUCCGAACUAACAUUACAAAAAUAGUAUGGUUGACAGUAAAGAGAAUUACAAAUUUGAUCUGGGAGUUUAAGGGUUAAAAAAGAACUUUUCAUGGAGAAAGCCCCUUUUCAUCAUAAAAGGUCUCAUUCAAAAUAUAUGUGGCACUCCCUUUGGAAGGUUAGUUAGAUGGAGAAAACUCAACAUUUUGUUUGCAGUGUUAAGGGAAAUACAAUUUGAGACAGAGGGUCAGUAACUAAGAAACUCAGAUGUGUGGUAACUAUGACUGAGUACAAGAACAGGCAGUUUUUCAUUGACGUCAUAGCUUCAAUUCCCAACAAAGAUGUUCCUUGUUAUUAAUGGCCCAAAUUCUUGGUUUCAUUUAUAUUGGAUCAAGGAGAAAAGAUUAGGUACAUCUGGGUGGGUCUCUUCUCUAAUUGAAGUCACAUUUGUAAGGGCUUGUCAGAUAUUUUGAACACAGUCUUGGCUUGUUCUAUUCUGUGAUGCAUUCUGAUAGUCUUUAGGAAGAUUCCUAAAGGCUACUUUUUAUCCCAAAGAAAUAAUUUUCUCUAUGUCCAAGCUUACUGCAAAUCAAGAAAUUCUUUGUUUGAAAUGGUUAUUCCUUUUGUGGGCCUACUAGUGGUUGAAUGGUUGAGUGGAACCAGGUCAUUUGUUGUCUGGUUCAGUUUCUUCUUUACCAUUGCUCAAAGGUGAGCAAGGACCUUCCAGGAUGACAAUAUUGGAUCAGUGUCAGUAUCUGAGCAACUGAGCACCUUAACAACAGCUAACUGAUAACAAGUUAGGGUCAAUGUUGGGUUAGAGGAGGGGAGGGGUAGCUGUGCAGUUGCUUUGAUACUGACAUUGAUCCACAUCAUUCAUGAUGAUUUUGGUGGCCUGCUUGUGGAGAGAAGGAGAUAAAUUGAUCAUUCAGAGUAUCAUUCAUUUUUCUAUAGAGGGUAACUUUGGAAAGGUUCUGACCGAUUUUGUUUGUCACUUUUGUUUGCUUUGUUUUACAGCAAUCGCGUGACCUUAACUUAAUGUCUGCUCAAGAAAAGCAAAUGGAAGUGUGUGAAGUUUGUGGUGCCUUUCUUAUCAUUGGUGAUGCACAAACUCGAGUUGAUGAUCACUUACAGGGAAAGCAGCAUAUGGGUUAUGCCAAGAUCAAAAGUACCAUUGAGGAACUCAAGGUGAAUUGGGCAAUACUCGCACUGUGUCCCAGUGGUGCUUCAAAAAUAAUAAUACCACCCCUGCAUUGAUCUUAGUCCUAAUACCUAUCUACUUUAUUUGCUGUCCGGACUGAAAUUUAACACUAAAAUUAAAAAAUUUCAUUGCUGUACUUCAGUUUAGUCUUCCUGUAGAACGAGUUUUAAGUGAAAGAAAAAGGAAGACACCUUAGGGAAUAACUAGGUUACCGAAAAUUUGCCCUGCUCGCUCUAAAUGUCCAAUUCGUUGCAAUGCAUUUUACUUGAUUCCUCUUGUAUUUUUUUCCCUUCAGAAUAAAAGGAACGAAAGGUCUCGGUCUAAAUCCAAAGAGACGAUGGAAAAAGAUGAAGGUUCUGAAAAAAAGCGUGAGAGGGAAGGAGAACGGAAUCGUGACCGGGACCGUGACGGGAGAAAGGACCGUGACAGAGACCGUGAUAGGGAUCGUGACGCUAGAGGACGCGAAAAGGAUCGUGACAGAGAUCGUGACAGAGAUCGUGACAGAGAUCGUGACAGAGAUCGUGACAGGGAUCGUGACCGAAGGAGAGACCGUGAUCGUGACAGAGACCGUGACCGCGAUAGGGAUCGUGACAGGGACAGGGAUAGGGACAGGGACAGGGACAGGGAUCGUGGCAGGGACCGUGAACGUAGAAGGGAUCGUGAUCGUGACAGAGAUCGUAGCAGGGACCGUGACCGGGAUCGUGAUCGUGACAGAGACCGUCAUCGUGAUAAGGAGCGUGAUGGUGAAAAGGACCGAGAUCGUGACAGGGAUCGUGAGAGAUCAAGGGAAAAGGAGAAGCGGCGUGUUGAGAAAGAUGAAACGAAAGACGGAGAUGGAGAAAAACUCGAGGAAAAGGAGAACGAAAAUGGGGAAGAUGAGAAAGAAGCCGCAGUCGAGAAGAUGGAAGGAACCGAUGAAGGUUACGACAACCAGGAGAAAGAUAAGUCCGUCAGAUCUCGAAGCAGGUGAGUGUUGUCUUUAAGGAGUGAUAUUAAAUGAGAGCAUUAUGCAGAGAUGGCAAAGUUUUAGCACAGUUAAGCCGAUUUCUAAUUAGUUGUUGAUAAUGAGAAGGGUAGACAUUGUUAUUUUGGGUGCUAACGUACAACGAGCUGCCCACUGAUUAAACACUCCGUAAAUUGGAUCAAGAACUGAAGGCUACUGCGAAAGCAAAGCUACCUCAGCUCAGCAGAACGGAACAACAAAGAUUGAGGUACCUCAUUCUGUUGUGAUUUUCAAUUUUGAAAUUUCCUCAAUUCAUUGCUUGUACUAAAGUCAUGGCAGCAGCUAUCAUCUGGGCUUGAAGAUAACUGGAAACACAAGGUACACACGCAAAGUUUGAGUUCAAUUUUUAAUUUUUUGUUAAUUAUGGUUUUCAACCAAGCUGAUCAACCGAGGAUCGUAUGUAAGGUAACUUUCCUGUUUGUUUUUGAAAUGAAAUUUUCGUUUCUAUUCGUAAUUUUUUACUAAAAUGGAGUCAAACGUCUCAAUGCGAAGAAUCGCUCUCUAAAAGGAAUCGAUGUCGCUGCUCAAACCGAGUGGCAAAAAGUUAAGUCCCAACUGGAAGAGAGUCGAACGUCGUGAUCAUUUGAAAGUAAACUUUUUGUUUGAAUGUUAAAAGAAAGAGAAAAAGAAGCAAAAAAAAAAAUUUUUUAAUUUAAAAGUGAGACCUUGGGAAGUUAAAGAAUUCGCCACAGCAACGGAAUUGAAGGUAGCAGUUGUUGUCAGACUUCAGUUUACCGUAUUAAACCAACUUACGUUUCCAGUGAGUCACUCAAAGGAUAUCAAUCUCUACCGGCGGAUCAGCCAAUCACUCAGUCGACAUCUUGUAAGAGGUAUUCUCCCAGGUAUUUUAGAUCAUCAUGUGUUUUGCGUAAGACCCACCAACGCCUAUUUUCAGCCAGCCGCCGAGGAAUGGUUUUCCUCAUACGCACGACGUUCUUAUCGAUUUAAGAGUGUACAUUAUUUGGUAAAUUAUCAUUAGGUGUGUGUGUUCGAUAUGUUAAUAUGGUCCGGAAUGGUUAAUCUUGUGUUUCCCUAGUGGUGGAGAUACAAGAUUUAGCCUUUUAAUUUCUAUUUCACGGUGAUCAUUAAGUGACCUAGAGGACUACAAUUUAGCGAACCUGUGUGGUUUGUGUUGGUGGCUUUCUUCUCUUGAUUGAGUAGUGUACGAGUGUUCAUUUGUUUGCUUGAUUGAACUCUGAUAUCCCAUCAGUGAGGCGUUUAUUGGUUUUUCUUUUCCUUCCACUUUUCCACUGUUUGGGAAUUUUUUGUUUAGUUUUCGAGGAUGCCUUUUUGAUAGUCUCUUUCUGUGUCCCUACGGAAUCUUUGGAUGUUUGUCGUUCUCUUGCAAUUCUUUGGGCGAUGAAGCGAGUUAAAGGAAGGAACGGCGCACUCACAAUAUCUGCCUAAAUCCUCAGUUGUUGUUGGUUUUUUCAGCUGGUGACUAAGGGUCGCUUCUUGUUCAGGGAUUAGUUCGUUGAAGUCCAGCUCAGGCUUGGAUAGCCUGAUCAUCUGUUGGCCCCUCGGCCUAAAUGGUUUUAUGUCAUUUACAGGUCACGUGAGAGAGAAGAACACCACGACAAGACUGGGUCCUCGUCCCCAAAGAGCAGGUCUCGAUCCAGGUCCCCUCUAUAGUGUGCAAGUCCAGUGAAUCAUACCGCAGACCAGAAAAGUGAUGCAGAGCAAGCCCUGUUUUUUACUGAAAAGUUGUCAUUUCUAGUAGGUUAGUUUACUAUAAGACGAAAACAUCUUAAAUUCUAGGGUUCGGUUUUACGUUUAGUUACCAUGAGCUUCAGUAAAUUUAUAGUGUUGCCAACCCGUAGAACAUAAACAUAUUUCUCAGAGGUUCGUUGUUAAGAGCCUGCUACAUGUGUGUGUUACUCGAGGAUUUCAUUGCAAACAAUCCUUCAACUUUCCUUUGAGCGAUGUCCUUUUCAGACACCUCUAAGAGUAUAGAAAGGUUUUGAACCAAGUUUUUCUGUGAUUGGACCGGUGUCUUGAACAUUGUGGAAGAUUGGAGUUCUGCAGUGGCCACAGCAUUCAAGAUGGCGGGUCCACGAUGAAAUGAAGAUAGUUCAGGUUGUUCGCCAUCUUUAGUAUCUCGUGUAGUUAAGUGGUAGCUACAACUUUCGCUCACUUAUA